UCCCCUCCUGCCCCCUCCCCGCUCCUCCUCGCCUCAGACUCCCUCCCCCCUCACGUCCGCCCUCUGCCUUCGCCUACCCAAGUGGAUUAAUUAUAAGCUUUCUGUUUCUCUCAGUGCUGUCCUCUCCCGCUGUGAGCCUACCCGCCUCUCGCUGUCCUUUCUUCCUCUUUCCCUCUCUGUGGUCCCCCCCGUUUCACGUUCACUCUGUCUCUCUCACUAUCUCUGCCCCCCACUAUCCUUGAUACAACAGCUGACCUCAUUUCCCGAUACCUUUUCCCCCCCAAAGUACAAUAUCUGGCCCGCCCCAGCCCUAAGACAGCCCAUCCUCCCUAAAGAAGCAGAAGAGACGUCGUCCUCCCCCCCCCCACCAAAAAAGCCAUCUCCCCGUUCUGGCCCGUCGCACAUUCGGCCCCCGCGACUCGGUCGGAGCGGCGCUGGCAGAGGAGUGCCCGGCAGAGGGGCCUUCGCCCGCUCUUCGGUUUGCAAACACGCAGCAGGGAGAUUGGGUGGUAACUUCGCCGGCUUCCAGAUACCAAUGGGGACCCCAGUGGGGAAGUCGAUGUUGGUGCUUCUGGUCUCCUUGGCCUUCGCCUGGUGCUGCAUUGCUGCUUACCGCCCCAGCGAGACCCUGUGCGGUGGGGAGCUUGUUGACACGCUUCAGUUUGUCUGUUCGGACCGCGGCUUUUACUUCAGCAGGCCUUCAAGUCGUGCCAACCACCGUCGCAGCCGUGGCAUCGUGGAAGAAUGUUGCUUCCGCCGCUGUGACCUGGCCCUCCUGGAGACAUACUGUGCCACCCCCGCUAAGUCUGAGAGGGACGUGUCAAAUUCUCUGGCCGUGCUUCCGGACGACUUCCCCAGAUACCCCGUGGGCAAGUUUUUCCAAUAUGACACCUGGAGACAGUCUUUCCAACGACUGCGCAGAGGCCUGCCUGCCCUCCUGCGUGCCCGCCGGGGUCGCAUGCUCGCCAGAGAGCUCGAAGCGUUCAGAGAGGCCAAGCGUCACCGUCCCCUGAUCGCCUUACCACCCAUCGAUCCCGCCCACGGGGGAGCCUCUUCGGAGAUGUCCAGCAGUCAUCAGUGAACCAAAUUGUUUGGUAAUUCUGCAAUGUAAUACCAUCACUCUGUGGCCUCCUCUUGAGCAGGGACAGUUCCAUCAUGUCCCACACUAAGAUCUCUCUGCUCCACUUCCUUCCCUAGGCUUCCCCCCCCUCCCCCCAUGCCCCGCCUCCCCACAUCAGGCUACUUUGCCCCACACCAUCGGGCAAGCAAAACCAAAUCAAUUGGCUCUAAACAACUAAACCAAAUUGAUUGGCUCUAAAGAACCCAAAAAGUUGACACCCCCAAACUAUUCUAAAAAAAAUCUUUAAACAAAUUGCCCCUUUAAAACAAAUUGGCUUUUUAGAAACACCAGAACCAUUAAUUUAAAAAUUAAAUAACAAAAGAAAUCAAUUGGCUAAAAACAAACUAAAAAUUAGCUUAAAAACAAUUGGCAAAAUAAAAUAAUUCGGCCCCCCCCUCCUCUUCUUCCCAUUUGGAUCUUUAGUCAAAUUGGCUUAGACUUGGAUCUCAGAACCCAAGAAGAAAGGAAGGGGACCCGAAACUCUUCAGGUGGCAUGUCAUGCUUCAGUGCCCUCUCCUUGUCACCACUCAGAUAGGGUGCUUUAGCUUAAGCUGGCUGAGAACAACAAAGGCCACCCAAACUCUUUCUUCACUGGCCAUUCCAUCACAAAUGUCAUCAUGUCACCACAGGGCUGGGUGAGAGAACCCAAGGAAAGGAACAGAGUAUGAAAACUGGAAACAUAACUUAAUUGGCACAAGCCCCCAAGUUCCAAAAAUCUUACUUAUCUGUACUACCUAAAAAGCACUUUUAUACUCAUCCCUGCAGACACACAGACAUGCACGCAUGCACGCACACACACUCACACA